AUGGUUGCGCCGAGGCUAUCGCAAAGUGCGGAGGCUGCUAGAGCUGCUGCUCAACAAGCAGAAUUUAACGAGAAGAAAUGGGUCUGGGUUCCCGACGACAAAGAAGGCUAUGCCGCAGGCUGGAUAUCCAAAACCGAGGGGGAUAUGGGGGACAUUGUCCUAUCGUCUGGAGGAGAGAUCCGCCGAGUGCCUCUAUACGCCUUGUCCAAGAUGAACCCCCCAAAGUUCGAUCGCGUAGAAGACAUUGCCGAUUUGACGUUCUUGAACGAGGCCAGCGUCGUCCAUAAUCUGCGCCUAAGGUACGGUUCCGGAGCUAUCUAUACAUAUUCAGGAUUGUUCUUAGUCGCUAUUAAUCCGUAUCAGAAUCUACCGCUAUACUCAGAUGCUAUCGUGCAACAAUACCGGGGCCGGAGGCGCGAUGAGAAUCCACCACACAUAUUCGCCGUCGCAGAACGGGCUUGGGUGAACAUGGGGGAUGAACGCGAGAACCAGAGUAUACUAAUCACAGGCGAGUCUGGCGCUGGGAAGACGGAGAGCACGAAGAAAGUAAUCCAAUAUCUCGCUGCGAUUGCCACUGACGCGCACUUGCCGUCCACACCCUCGCAUUCACGGUCACCAACCGUCGCCCCUUCCUCGUCCUUCGGCGCUAUAAUGCCAGCGUCAGGACUCCCGAGAAAUAGUUCCUUCAAGCGAAGCGGGCACACAGCUAGCCCGUCGACGUCGGGCUCCGGCUCCUACAUGACGGCAAAGGAUAGGCUCGGGCUCCUGGAACGACAAAUUCUGCAGGCGAACCCUAUUCUGGAGGCGUUCGGAAAUGCGCAAACGCAGAGAAACAACAACUCUAGUCGGUUUGGAAAGUUCGUGAGGAUCAUGUUCUCACCUGACGGGAGUAUCGCUGGGGCGUACAUCGACUGGUAUCUCUUGGAAAAGAGCCGUGUUGUUGCCAGGAGUGAAGCAGAGCGUAGUUUCCAUGUAUUCUACCAGCUGAUGGCCGGAGGUGGCAGGCAGUUCAAAGAGUCCCUGCUCUUGGACGGCGGAAUAGAAGAUUACGGCUACCUGAACCAGAGCAGACGGGAGGUCGAUGGAGUGGAUGAUAAAGAAGAGUGGUCCCAUCUCAAGUCCGCUCUAGACGUAGUUGGGUUCUCGCCGGCGGAGCAGUUCGAUUUAUUCCGCGUAGUCGCCGCCAUUAUGCACAUUGGGAACAUCACCGUCACUUCAACGCGCUCCGACGAUGCUCUCAUGCCUAAUCCAUCACAGGUCGAACGGGUGUGCCAUUUGCUUGGCAUCCCCGUUGCCGAAUUCACUCGGGCAAUCCUACGCCCCAGCGUUCUUGCGGGGCGCGAAUGGGUGUCACAGGCGAGAACCCAACAACAGGCGCUCGACGAACUGGCGUCGCUGUGUAAGACGCUUUACGAGAAGACGUUCGGGCUGUUGGUAGAUAGGAUCAACCGCGCGCUCGACAGGCCGUCCUCAAAGUCGACCUUCAUCGGCGUGCUGGAUAUCGCCGGUUUCGAGAUCUUCGAUGUCAACGGGUAUGAGCAGCUUCUAAUCAACUACACCAACGAGAAACUGCAGCAGUUCUUCAACCACCAUAUGUUUGUCUUGGAGCAGGAGGAAUAUUCUCGGGAGGGGAUUGAGUGGGACUACGUGAACUUUGGGCUCGACCUACAGCCGACGAUUGACUUGAUUGAAGCCAACGGUGGCUCAAUUGGUAUUCUGAGCUGCUUGGAUGACCAGUGCAUCAUGCCUAAGGCGACAGAUGCAACCUUCACACACAAACUGCAUCAAAUGUGGGGCACGGAAGUGGACGAGUCGAAGUAUCACCCAGGCAUGGACAAAUACGAACCAACCCGAUUCGAGCAGGGCUUCAUCGUCCAGCACUAUGCGGGCAAGGUUGAGUACAGGACGGACGGGUGGCUGGACAAGAACAAGGAUCCGCUAAACGACAACAUCACUCGGGUUCUCGCAGCCUCAAGCGAGCGAUUCGUUGCCUCGCUGUUUGCCGACUAUGACGACUUGCCUGCGCCAGGCACAACGCAGAACAUGUUCACCGUUGGCAAGCGUCGCGUCCUCAAAAAAGGGGCCUUCCGCACUGUCGGCCAACGACACAAGGAGCAACUAGCCAGUCUGAUGAGUCAGCUGCACUCCACCCAACCCCAUUUCGUGCGGUGCAUCGUGCCCAACACGAACAAGAAGCCCGCCAGAGUCGACGUCCCUCUAAUUUUAGAUCAGCUACGGUGCAAUGGUGUCUUGGAAGGUAUCCGAAUUGCACGUCUGGGGUAUCCCAACCGUCUCCCCUUCGUCGAAUUCCGUCAGCGCUACGAGGUCUUAACCCCCGGGAUCAUCCCACGCGGAUACAUGGACGGGCGCAAGGCCUGCCUGCUCAUGGUCGAUGCCUUGGAUCUAGACAGGACUAUAUACCGCGUCGGAACGUCGAAGAUUUUCUUCAAGGCCGGCGUGCUCGCCGCACUCGAGGAGCGACGCGAUGCCCUACUGUACGAGAUAUUCUCCCGGCUGCAAGCAGUCGCUCGGAUGUACACGGCCAGGAGGCAGAUGAAGAAGAUAUUGAACAGGGCUGUGGCCAUCCGCACAAUCCAGAAGAACGCUCGUAUUUAUGGCGAAUUGAGAGAUUGGCCAUGGUGGCAACUUUAUACCAAGGUUCGCCCCCUUCUGGCUGCUACUCGCAACGACGACGAGCUACGAAAGAAAGAAGCUGAGCUGGCUCUCAUCCGAGAGAGAGCUGAAAGGGACAAGCAGGAGAAAGAGGCGUUGGAGAACCUGAAGAUGUCCCUGGAAACGGAGAAGAGGAGAGUGGAGGACGAGCUGGAGGCCGAGAGGGCAGUUGGCCUGGAGAAGGACGCGAUUUUGGAUCGGAGCAAGCACAAGGAAGCGGAACUCGAGGAGGAAAUCGCUGCAUUGCAGUCGUAUCUUGAGACACAGGAUCGGCACCUUGACGAUAUUCGGAAGAUGCAGAAGGAGAAAGACGGAACGCAUGAGCUGCUGAAGCAAGCAUUUGAGCAAGCCGCCGAGCAUCUCGUACGGCUGGAGAACGAACAGCAGGAAUGGGUGAAGCGCGAGGAGCAGCUUGUGGAAGAACUGCGCGAGCACCACGAGCACCUCCAGGCACUCCAAGCCGAUCACGAAGAACUCACGAAGGUCAGCGAAGACUUGCAGAGCCUCGUCGUCCAACGCGAAGAGGAUCUUGCGCGUGCCAAGGAAAGGACGGAAGCCCUUGUCGCUGAGCUGGAAGGGAAACUCGGCGUCGAGCACAAGAACAGAGAGGCCAUGAAGAGCAGAGUAGACGCUUUGGAACAAGAGGCUCAUCAAACGAAGGAACAACUGACGGAGUUGACGCGGACCGCGACUGAAUACUCUAGCAUGCUCCAGAGGAAGGAAGAGCGGAUCGUACAGCUGCUCGACCAGUUGGACACUAUCAAAGCAGAGCGAGACUCCUCUUCGAAACAGGUGAUAGAAUUGCAGAGCGACAUCGAUACUCUCAUGGCCGAAUUAGACGCGGACAAGCUUGAUAAAGAGCGCAGCGCAGCCGCUCGCACUAAACUGGAGGAGGAGUUAGAUGAUCUGCGAGCGCUCAUGCAAGCAAAGACGAGUGAGGAGUCCAAGCGCUUGGAGGUGGAAAAGAGCCGGGAAGAAGAGCUUGCUGAGCUGCGACGUCAAGCGUCUACACUACAGCAGGAACUCAGCGAAUCCCGCAGACUUGCUGCCGAAACCCAGAACAAGCUCAAAGUUGAGCUCGAUCACAUCUCGCGAGACCACCACUCGUUAGAGCGUAGUCAUCAAUCACUUCUUGACAGAGAACGCGCUGGGCAGGCGGAGCUGACCAAGGCACAGGCCUCGGUUGCCGAGCUCGAAAAGUCCAAACGAGCAGCUGAAUCCGAACUACAAGCCGUCCGUACCAGACAAGCCAACACUGACAAUGAGCUGUCUACGACGUUGAAGAGCAAAACGGAUCUUGAACGUCAAUUAGUUGCCAUCCAAUCCCGUCGAGACGAACUUGAAGACUCUUUCAUGGAAGCUGAAAGAGAGAAGCUAACGCACCUUCGCCACCUUGAGGCUGCGAAGAAGAGCCUGGAGAGCGAGAACAAGAAAUCGGCGCAGCUCGAGAAGACUAUCGCAACUAUGAAAUCAGAGUUAGCAACUCUCAAGGACCAAAACGUCAAGCUCGAUAGGGAUCUUAACAAAGCCUUGAAAGACGUGAAGGACCGCGAAUGGGAGAUCAAGAAGUUUGAAUCUCGUCAAGACAAGAUCACUGUAGAGCAUAUUCACGUCUACGAGAAAGUCAAGCGUGCUACAGACCGUGAACUCCAGAACCUCAAACAGGAACUCCAGCAGAACGAGACUUAUAUUCGAUCUCUGGAGAGGAUGCGAGAUCAGCUAAAGACUGAGGCAGAGGAUCUGGAAAGGCGGACUCAACAGGAAAGUCUUGAACUUCGGUCAAAGGACAAAGCUGUCAAAUCAUCCGAAGACAAAGCUGCCCGAGCGCAAGUAGACCUGGAAACGGAACGAAAGGCCAAAGAGCUAGCAGAGAUGCGCGCGAAGAAACUCGAGUCGGAUCUCAAGGCUGCUCAGGAUCAACUUGUUGAAUUGUCUCAAGAGGUGUUAGCAGCUCAACGGUCGAAGGACAACUUGGAGAUGGAGCUGAUGCGAAUAGCAGACGAAACCGAAACACCCAACUCCGUCGCCCGGGCACAUCGAGAGUACCAGUCCAGGAUUGCUCAGUUGGAAGGACAGCUUGAAGAGGCGGAAAGUGGGCGAGAGACUUCGGACAAGAUUCGUGAAGUUAUGGAGAGACAACACGCCGAAAUUCGUCAACUCAUAUUGUCCCAUAACCCGAACGACCAAGGGUUCCAGUCGCGACUGCUAGAGGAGCUUCAGCAUACUGAAGACCGGUUGAGUAAGGAAAUGAACGGCCGCGCUCAAAAUCUGAAGGCUAAUCGUAAAUUGGAUUUCACUACCAUGGCAAACGUUACUCCGACGAAGGCAUCAACUCCCAAGCGCGUUCGCACCGAAUCCCUCCCCGAUCCCGCCCCGCGUCCCGAUCCACAAGUUGGCGCACUCAAGCAACAGGUCCAAACGCUUGAAAUACAGAUGGCUGCUUCUGACCGCAUCCGCCGACACCUAGAGAGUGCUAUUCGUGACAUGCUGGCCGAACUAGAAAGGAGCGAUGAUUCGAAGCAGUCGCUUCAAAACUAUCGACAACGGCUGACGAACGAGAACACGAGACUCACCGAAUUGCUUCACGAGGAAUCAGAGGCUCGUCGUGCCGCGGAAGCUGCCCAAAUUGACGGUGUCCAGGCAAUGUGGAACAAGUUCCAAAACACUAUCGCUGAGGAGCGCGAAAGUUACGCUCGAUUGGAAGAGUCGAGGAAGGCUCUCGUGGUCCAACAACGCACGGCUCAAGCAGAGAUCGAAAGUCAGCGAUCACAACUUCGUGAAGCCUCCUCGUCAAAGAAGCAGCUCCAGAGCGAACUCUCCCAGUUGCAACAGGAAGUGGCUGUCGCGAAGAAUGAAGCCUCAGCGGCUAAGCGCCAAUUGCAGAAGCGCUUACAAGAAGACGAAAUCUCCUCCACAACAUCGUCCGCAGCACAACUAGAGCUUCGUGCUGUAAUUGAGACAUACCAGGCCAAAGAAGGAGAAUACCGAAGCAAACUUGAAGCCGCUGAGAUCGCCCGUGCCAAGGCGGCCCGUGCUGAGGCUCAUGCUCGUCGCAGUCUUACUGAUAUGGAAAAGACACAUGCCCAAGCAGUAGAAGAACGGAAUGCCUCCGAAGCCCGCCUCCAAGCGACUGAGAAGAAACUCCGUGAGCUGGAGAAUAAGUUCGAGGAAGAGAAUCGUGAGGCCACAGAUCUGAGCUUGCUGCAUCAGCGUCUGGUAGAAGAACUGCAAGACGAACGAAAGCAGCACCAGGAAGAUCUGAAGACUCGGGACUUCACUGCUGACCAGGUACAGAAGAAGUACCAAGCUGAAUUGGCACAGCUCAGCGAAGAACUUCAAUCACAGCGUGAGAGUAUUAGUCGACUUCGUGAAGACAACCGCAAGAUACGCUCUGAUUACGACCAGCUUCUCUUUGAUUACAACAACGAAUCUUCGAGUAUCGGCGGCUGGAAGAAAGAGAAGGAGCGUAUGGAGACGAAGAUUGAGGAUCUCAACAAGGCGUACACUGCUUCAGAGAGUGCCCAAGCUGAACAGCAAGCUCAAAUUGUCGCCCUUCAUUCUCAAGUUCGUGAACUACGAAGUGUCUUGAAUGAUGCCGAAGCGGAACGUACGAUGUUGCAGAAGGCUCGACGCGCUCUUCAGGCUGAACUAGAGUCUAUCAAGUUGGAUUAUGUCGACACCAACAAGAUGUCUUCAGAUCGAGAACUUCAGAAAUUGCAGCUGAAGAAGCAAGAUCUCGAGCGAGCGUUGGAUGAACAAGAGGACCGUGUCAAACAAGCGCUCGACCGUAUGAAGGAGAAGGAAGCGUACGCAGCGAAAUGCCAAGCCGAGUUAUACCAACUUCAAGAAGAGAACUCGGCACUAGAGAAACUUAACGCCAAUCUCGACAAGCAGGUCAAGGAGCUUAACGUUCGUGUUGUGGAUUUGGAGACGAAAUCGUAUACAAAUUCACCUCGGUCCACUAUCUCAACGCGCCGUGCAGAGAGCAAGAUAGAAGAGCUCACUAACCAGCUGCAUCAAUCUGGGAAGGAGAAAUCCGAGAACUCUAGGUCCCUCCGUGCAGCCGACAAGCUCGCUCGCGAUGCCAAACUCCAAAUCGUCGAAAGCGAUCGGCAGAGGCAGAAGCUAGAGGAAGAGCGGAAGGCCUACGAGAAUCAGAUAGAAGAUCUGAGAAAAGCAAUGGACAAGAUGCAAACGGAGGAAAGCACGCUUCAAGCCAUGAAACGACGUGCCGAGCGAGAAGCUGGCGACUUCAGGCAAAAGACCUUAACCCUUGAGCGCGAAGUCGAAAGACUGCGAAGUAGACUCGACCGACCAACCUCUUCAUUGCUAGAUUCUCCUUCUGGCUCCCCGCGGAAAUAA